GCAUGAUAAAAUCUGUAAUUGAAGUGAGCAUUUGACAGCAGUUUAAAGUUCUGAUUCUAGUGCGGCGCAGAUAAGGCGAAAGCUGAUGCCUAUUUCGAGUUGUUGAGAGGGGGGAAUGGAGAAUAUUUAUCGGGUCGACAGCCCUGCGAGUGGAAAGAGACAUAUGUGGACGAACAUCUGACAUUCAGCAUAAAAGAUCAGAAGUCAGCAAACUUGUGGGCCUUUGGAAUAACAAACUUAAAACCGUUCUCUUCCUCCAUAUCUUAAAGAGACUCAACCUUGUGUUGCGACGCCACACCGUCCUUGCUGUCUCACUGCUUCUGUCACAAUGGUUUACUGCGGGAAGCCAUCAAAAGGGUGCGCAGCUUGUAGAAAGAGACGAAUCCGAUGCGACCAAGCGAUACCUUCUUGCGGACAAUGCAAGAAAGCGAAUAAAGAAUGCCAUGGCUAUCGGAAUCUCGUCGAUCUGUCAUUCCGGAAUGAGAACAGCAGUGUAAUCGAGAAGGUACAUGCAAAACGUCGGCAGAGCUCGAUACCGUUGUGUGAGAGGAAGGCAAACAGGACAUCCACUUCGUCGCCGAAAACAUACCAAUGGAAUGUCACAACGGUGGCAUCACCACCACCACCCAAAUCAGAAUGCUCCACUUUUAUCGAUCAUUUCAGCUGUCAGAGUUCCCAAGAUACACAGUGCACUGCGCCUCUGUCAACCUUCUCAAUGGAUCCCAGCCUGGAGGAUUGGGGUUCGAGCUACUUUGCUUCAAUGUUCAUUAAAACUCCAGGCGGACCAAUUCAAGGAUCUUUUUCUACAUUAUACGAGACAAAACAAGUCCAUGGCUCUCUGGACGACAUACUGAUUACCGGCAUGACCGCUACUGGUCUCGCUGCAUUUGCAAAUAAGAUCAAGUCUCCGGAACUGAUGAGGCAUGCGAGGAGCAAGUACGCUCUUGCCUUGCGGACGAUUAAUGCAGCUCUCGGGUCACAUAUUGAUGCCAUGAAAGACAGCACUCUCCAAGCAGUCCUAUUGAUUGCGAUGUGGAAAACCACUGCAGGAUCCCAGCAGCAACUACUGGAGGAAUGGAGACAUCAUAUGCACGGUACUGCUGCACUCCUGAAGUUACGGGGUCGAGCUCAGCUGCAAUCUCCUACCAGCUUCAAGUUAUUCAUGCACGCAAGCACCCAGGUUAUCCUCGGUUGCUAUCAUAGAGACGUCCCAAUAUCACCAGAGAUACUCGAAUUGCGUCAAGAAGCAUUUUCCAUGACGGGGGAUGAUCCAUUCUGGAAACAUCUCAAAGCUGUUGAUGAUUUCACGAAUUUCCGCAGUCUGAUUCGUUCCGGCUAUCUGCACGACCCAGAAACUAUCAUAACUUCUGCUCUACUCAUCGACCGCGAACUCUCCUCAAUCUUCUCUCAAGUCCCAGCAGAUUGGAUCUAUGAGACCACUCUCACAGACACUGACCAAGACAUUGUGUUUGAGAGAAGCUACGACAUCUAUCAUGAUUACUGCGUCGCCCAAGUCUGGAAUAUUAUGCGAACAGCACGAAUCAUCCUCAACGAAACGAUCUGUCUACAGCUCACGCACCUCGACGCCUCUUGGCCUGGUUUCGAGUCGCAAUUCCAGAUUUCGGCAGAUAUCUGUGGUCAAAUGUGUGGUGCGAUAUUAAGAAGUGUGCCACAGCAUUUAGGUUUUGUGACACGCAUGCCAUUCCAAGACACUUCGCUGUCUUCGUCGAGCAAGUUCUCAGAAAGUCCCCUCGAUAUGAACAACGCACACCCGGUCAUCAUAAGUACCUGGUUCCUCCUCUGGCCGCUCUAUACAGCUGCUGCAGCCAGCUCGGCGUCUGUCGAGAUGCAAUAUUAUGCCAUUUCAAUAUUUGAUCGCAUCGGGGGGCUUACGGGGGUCCAGCAGGCGGCUGUGCUUGCGUCUUUGAUCAGGCAACGGGUUGAGGAUUCUUGUGGGAGGAUAACAGAUCCUUGGAUGAGCUGGAUGAGCGUAGGGAGCAGGGAUCAUGAGGAGUCAGUAGCCUUGCAGGAUGGAGUGCAGACCGACACUGAAUUCUCCUUGAAGUGUAUGCUUGAAGCAGGCAUGGAAUUGCAUAUAUCGUUGGUUCCAUAG